AUGCCCUUUGGACCGAAGAAUGUUGGAGUAACAUAUCAAAGGUUGGUAAACAAGAUCUUCGCCAAGUUAAUUCGAAAAACGGUCGAAGCAUAUGUGGAUGAUAUGGUGGUUAAGAGCAAACAGCUAAAUAGUCAAGUUUCUGAUCUAGAGGAAGUGUUUGCUACGUUACGGAGGUACAACAUGAAUCUCAACCUGGCAAAGUGUGCGUUUAGGGUGGCAUUUGGAAAAUUCUUGGGUUUUAUGAUCACGCAUAGAGGAAUAGAGACAAAUCCUGAUAAAAUCCAAGCUGUAAUAAGUAUGGAGACCCCUAAGUGCAAAAUGGACAUUCAGAAGUUGACAGGUCGCGUAGCAGCACUGAACAGUAAGCAGUGUCUUGGUAAAGGAAAAAGGAAGAUUUCAGCAACCUGUUUACUUGUAAGUAAAGUGCUCCUCGAUGCAGAAACACGAUACACGCUUGCAGAACAGCUCGCCCUUACUUUGGUAAUAGCUGCCAGAAAAUUAUGGCCGUACUUUCAGUCACAUCCAAUUGUUGUGCUCACUAACCAACCUCUUAGACACAUACUCCAGAAGCCGGACGUCUCAAGAAGACUGCUGAUAUGGGCAAUUGAACUCGGUGAAUUUGACAUAGAGUUCAAACCACGACCUGCAAUCAAGGCCCAAGCUUUGGCCGACUUCAUAGCAGAGCUUACUUCGAGAUCCUCAGAAACACUGGCCAAAGAGAUACAGUGUGCUCUCAGAUUUGAACUCGAGGCUACCGAUAACAAAGCAGAGUAUGAAGCCAUUGUCAUAGCCCUGGAACUCGCGAAAAAUCUUGAGUGUGAGCGUGUCAAAGUUUUCAGUGACUCACAGCUAGUAGCUAGAGCCGAAAAUGCCAAAGCUGAUGCAUUAUCCAGACUCGUCUUCAUAGGUUUGAACAGGCUCGAUAGAACCGUGCACAUCAAGAUAGUUACAGAACCCAGCAUAGCUCAAAAGCCAAGUGUCAUGGACAUCGACCAUGAGCCCUUCUGGAUGGAUCCAAUAGUUGAUUACAUAAGUAAUGGCAACAUACCUGCAGACCCUCGGCUUGCUAGAAGCAUUCGGUAUAGAGCUGCUAGGUAUUGUAUAAUUAAAGGAGUCCUGUUCCACAGGAGUUUCACAGUCCCAUAUCUAAGAUAUCUCAAACCUUCCGAGUCUCUUCAAGCAAUGACUGAAGUUCAUGAAGGCAUUUGUGGAAAUCUCCAGGGAGCCCGAGCUCUUGUGUAUAAGUUGAUAAGGUAUGAAUACUACUGGCCAAGUUUGAAGAAAAAUGCCACAGAUUAUGUCUAG